CCGCCGGGCUAGCCUGGGAGACGUAAUGAAUUAUUCAUAGGGAAGCAUUUGGCCCCGCCCAGGAAGGGCUCCUUGAUUAUUCAUUAGCCCGCGGGAGUGCGUCGCUGCCAAAAAAGUCGGUUAGGUCCGGAUGAGGACGAGGCGUCGACCAGGCGAGGUUAUAUUUGUUGAAAGAAUCCCACAAUGUCUACUUCUCAGCUUUGCCGCUCCAUCAGAAAACAAAAGGUAUCUAAGGGAACAGUUUUCCCAUCCCAGAUCACUAAUGAACAUGAAUCAUUGAUAAUGGUGAAGAAACUUUUUGCUACAUCUAUCUCAUGUAUAACAUAUCUAAGGGGCCUGUUUCCAGAGAGCUCUUAUGGAGAACGUCAUUUGGAUGAUUUCAGUUUAAAAAUCCUCCGAGAAGACAAAAAAUGUCCUGGGUCACUGCAUAUUAUUAAAUGGAUUCAAGGUUGUUUUCAUGCUUUGGAAAAGAAAUAUCUACACAUGGCAGUACUUAUACUUUAUACAAAUCCUAAGGAACCUGAGAAUGUUACUGAGAUAUACCAGUUCAAAUUCAAAUACUCAAAAGAAGGAGCCACUAUGGAUUUUGACAGUAGUAAUACAAGCUUUGAAAGUGGAACAAACAGUGAAGAUAUUAAGAAAGCCAGUGUUCUAUUGAUUCGUAAAUUGUACAUAUUAAUGCAAAACCUUGGACCCCUUCCUAAUGAUGUUAUACUUACUAUGAAACUCCAUUACUAUAAGGAAGUGACCCCACAUGACUACCAACCCCCGGGUUUUAAAGAGGGAGUGAACUCACACUUCCUGCUGUUUGAGGGAGACCCCGUCAACCUGCAAGUGGGAUUGGUCUCCACUGGCUUUCAUAGCAUGAAAGUGAAAGUCACAACAGAGGCCUCCAGAGUGUCUGAUUUGGAGAAUAAUCUCUUUCUGGAGAACAGCACUACUGAGAUUGCUCAUCAGGGCCUAGACUGUGAUGAGGAAGAGGAGGAAAGCAGCAAUCAACCCCCAGUGGCUCUACAGAAUGUUGGGAGGACAGGAAGCCUGUUCCCACUGAUGGCCAUGCCAGGCAGAGGUGAGGUUACUUGGUGACUACCAUUGUGGAGGAACCAUCAUCCAUGCAGUCUGGAUCCUGAUGGUGGCCCAUUGUGUAAAAUCAACAAUCCAUUCUGACUAUCAUUGCUGGGGACCAUGACAGAACACUGAAGAAAUUAACUGAGCAGGUGAGAAAGGCCAGACAUCUCACAAUGCAUGAAGACUUUGGUAUAGUGACCUAUGACUCUGAGCUCUCCUCAGGAGUACAACUCUAUAAUGAGGCCAAUAUGUCUCUGAAGUUGCAUGGAACUGCUGUUUUCUUCUGAGAUCUGUGCUGUGAAUGGCUGGGGAAGCACUACUGAAGAUAGUGGCCCAGCCAGUCACUUAUAGCAGAUUCAAGGGCCAGUGAUAGAAAGAACAGUCUGUGAACACACCUACCAUUUUGCUCCUUUAGGAAGGGUCGUAGACAAGAUGCUGUGUGCUGAGGGAAAGUUUACUGUCAUGGAGACUUGGGUGGGCCAUUAGUCUGUAAGCAUGACAGUGGUCCAUUUGUCAUGUGGCAUCAUCAGCUGGGGAGCUGGCUCUGUCCUGCUAUGGAGACCAGGCAUGUUUGCCAGGGUGAAGGUCUUCUUGGACUAAAUCCAAUCCAAAAUCAAAGGUUCAACUUCACUUCAAAUAAAAAAUGAAAACAAAAUUUUAACAAAACAACAGCUACCACCUAUACCGUCAAUAGACAUGCAUUUGGGCCAGGAACCAGAAGAGAGGAUAUGACUCAAGGCAAGAUAUUUUCUAUCCCAGAGGUAGCUGUUGCCAGUCCAGAGAUGACCUGGAAUUUGGAAAGUUGAAUAGGAGAUAUCUUACUGUAUUUGGCAAAUUUUCCUUUGUUUGACCUCAGACACACGUUCUGUGAAUCCAGUUGUUUGUCCCAGCAAGACACAUGUAUAGCUUUUAGUGAAGCAUUUAAAAACAGGUCUUCAUUUUCAUCUCAAAGAAGGAGAGAAAUGAAAACUUGAAGCCAGGCAUGGUGGUGCACUCCAUGGUGGUGUAAUCCCAGAACUCUGAAGGCUGAGGCAGGAGGAUCAUUGCAAGUUUGAGACCAGCCUAAUUUACAAAGUGAGCUCAAGGCCAGCGUGAACUGCAUAACGAGACCCUGUCUCAAAAAGACAAAAAUAAAUAAUAAAUAAAUAAAUAAAUAAAAAAAAGAAAAACUUGAUGAGAGCACA